UUUUAUGUAAACACAAGUAUACGUGGGGUUGCGUGAAAAUUAUUUUUCUCUUGCUCAACCACAAAGGCAUAGAAUCAAACUGCUGGUUGUGGACACACUGGCUUCUUUUUCUUGUGGACAUUAUGGCUAAUAACACCACGAGCUUAGGGAGUCCUUGGCCAGAAAACUUUUGGGAGGACCUUAUAAUGUCCUUCACCGUAUCCGUGGCGAUUGGGCUUGCAAUCGGAGGAUUUCUCUGGGCGCUGUUCGUUUUUCUGUCUCGAAGAAGAAGAGCCAGUGCACCCAUUUCGCAGUGGAGUCCCACCAGGAGACCCAGGUCUUCCUACAACCACGGCCUCAACAGGACUGGGUUCUACCGCCACAGUGGCUAUGAACGGCGAAGCAACCUCAGCCUGGCCAGCCUCACUUUCCAGAGACAAGCUUCCAUGGAGCUGGUCAACUCCUUCCCAAGGAAAUCAAGCUUUAGGGCUUCGACUUUCCAUCCCUUCCUGCAAUGCCCACCACUUCCGGUGGAAACGGAGAGUCAGCUGAUGACCCUGUCUGCCUCCACCACCCCUUCCACCCUCAGCACCGCACACAGCCCGAGCCGGCCAGACUUCCGCUGGUCCAGCAACAGCUUGCGGAUGGGCCUUUCCACACCGCCCCCACCUGCCUAUGAAUCCAUCAUAAAGGCAUUUCCCGAUUCCUGAGUCUGAGAUUUCGUUGUUUUUAAUACUUUAAAAAAAAAAGUCUCUUUUAGAAAGAAAAUGAUAUAUAGGGUAAGCGGAAUUUGGGAGCCACGGCCCCAGUAAGUAAUUUUCCAAGUUGAUAGGCUCGUGAAAGCUGAACAUUACCGAUAAGGCACAGGUUCCUUUUGAACAUGUUUUUCUCACUUAGGUCUCACAAAAGUAUGAUUUUUCUCAAAAGUCCUGUAUUUAUGUAUUUUUUGGAUUCAGUGUGAGGCAUUGAAUUAAAGAUACCGAUUAAAGAUUCUACCCUACAAAUCAUGUGUAUUUGUAUAUUUUAGGUUAAAAAGACUUUAUAUGUUUCAUUCACUUUCCCAUGAAACUGCUGACAGACAGAAGUCACUAAAAUAAGGAAUUUUAAUGUUACUUUUUGAGUAACGACUGAGUUACCAGCAUUCUUGAUUCUUAGCGCUUUCGUGGUGCGUGUUUAUGAGAUAUUAGAACAGCGGAGGCUCUAAAAGCCCAGGAUUCUACUCAGUUAUGAAUGAAAAUCAAACGAAGAUCCAAGCUGUACUGAUGUCAGAGGGAUGGUUCCAUUUUGACAGUGACUUUGGUUUUUUCCUCCGUAUAGAUUCAUCGUGUAGUUCUUCCCAAUAACAAUUACCCAUAUCAUUGAUGUAAAACCCUUGGACUUAGGGGGCAUGAGGAUUUAAUAUGCCUGCGGGGUAACGAUGUUACCACAGCAAUGGCAGCUUCAACUUACUUGUUCUAAGCACAGGGUUUUUUUUAUUUAGCAUCAAAGGACAUUUUUACUUUCUUGGAUUUAGAGCCAACAACUAGGAACGUACUUAUGUAGGACAGAGGUUAGCAACCUGUGGGUCAUGACCCCUUUGGGGAUCAAACUACGCUUUCACAGGGGUCACCAAGGACCAUUGGAAAACACAGAUUAUUUUAACGUUAUAAAAUUCACAUCAGGAGCAAAAUCACAGAUAUGAACUUAAUAAAAAUAAUGUUAUGGUUGGAGGUCACCACAACAUGAGCAACUGCAUUAAAGGAUCGCAGCAUCACGAAGGUGGAGAAGCCCUGCUCUAUGGGAAAUGUCCCUGGUAUCUCUGUGGUCAACUAAGAGUGGUUCUACAAAGAUAGUCCUCAGUGAAAACAGGCUAUCUCCUCCUGGGUCAUCUCAGGUCUCAGGCACCAGUCCAUGGGUGGUGUUCUGUGAACCCCAUCUCUAAUGCCUUUAAAAGGCUAAAGGGGGCUGAAAGGUCCCUGUAUCAGGUGGUUAACCAAGGAAUCCACAUCAACAGGUGGGGCCAUCUUUAAUGUGGGCACCAGAGACUCGGAGCGGUCCUUUUGCUUCAAAGACAGGAGUUCACUGGGGGAUUCAGAAAGCUUGCCGUUUAUGUUGGUCGCAUCAAACAGCUUGUGGGAUUGUUUCCUCUUCUGUACAUGUUUUCCCCUUUGGUGAUACCCAGUGGUCCCAGCUAAUGGUGUCUGAGCAUAGUCAAGAAUACAACUCCUUUCACAUAAAGAUCCCCUACAGCAUUUCUUUAUUAGUUUCAUCAGAUUUGUUCUAUGCAUUAUUCUUCAAGAGAAAUUAGUUUUCAAAAUGCCCACCAAAAUACCUAGUAAUUAAAUAAACAAGAGACAAAGGAAGGAAAAAAAUAUAAAGCAAACUAAGAAGCUGUGGGGAGAGCUGCUGCUUCAGUAAGAAAAUGUAGAAACUGGAAUAUGAGCCCAGUAAGAGUCCCUGAGAGAGCUUCAGCUUAUAACAAGGCUAAUUUUAGGUUGUACGUCAUUCUCGAUGUUUAACAUGAGAAGCAAGGAAGGCAUGAUUUUUAUCAGUGAUUUAUAUUGGGAAUGAAAACCGUUCCUGCCUCCUCCCAAGGGAAGGAAGUGAGAGCAGUGGUCCUCUGGUUCAUUUAGCUGUUUGGCAGAAUUCUUACACUAUCCUCAGCCUCAGUUAUGAAAUGACCAAGAAAAGUAUCUCAUAAAUAUUGUAUAUUACGUGAAAUGUGAAGUUAAAACUGAAGCUAAGAGUGUUUGUGGUUGUAAUUGUUUUUUUUUUGAAAUGUUUUUUUUAUUAUGAAAUAAAACGGAUGUUAAUUUCAA